AACUGGUGUUUAGUGUUCUUCUCAAAGCAUGUUGAGCCGUCCAAUGAUGUUGCGUUAGUGGCAGUUUGAAAAGAUGCUUUGGCUGGAUUCACAGGUCUCGGAGGAGGCUUGUGUUUGCCUUCGCCCUCCUAGUGCUGGUGGUAUCAUGUGACUGGGGGGGUCCUAACUAAUCCGUGUAAUGACUGGAGUGCAGCGAGAAGUCAAGAAUAAAACUUGUGUUUAGCAGGGUUGUCCAAACUUUUGCACUUUUUUUUCUAAUAUGUUAACAUCAGUGUUAAAUAAACUGUAAUGAUGCUUUAAAUGUGCUUUAAAGGGCUUUUAAGACUUUUGUUCAGUACUGUAGCUUUGAAGAAGCCCAGUGUGUAAUUAUGCCAGACACACUCAUUCACAGGCUCAUACUAUGUACUGACAGGAAGAAGAAUGAAAGAAAAUAUUUUUUUUUAGCCACAGGGAACUCUUUUCAGGACCAAACCCAGGAUAGGGCACCAAGCCAAGAAACAGAAUCCAACCAGCUAUAGGAUUCUGAAAACAUUCAUGUUCAGUUCAUAAUGGUGUCAAUACACAACAUGAACCUGUGAGUGAGUGUGUCUGGCAUAACUACACACUGGGCUUUUUCAAAGCAUCAGUACUGAACAAAAGUCUUAAAAGCCCUGUAUAGCAUUAGAAUAAAUACAAACAGAAAUACAGUAAAAAAUAAAAAAAACACAUUUUAUACAUUUGCAGUGUAUAAAAGGUGUCUUUAAUUGGCUUGUAUGGCUCCCAUCAUUAGCUGAAAUGUGGUCUUCAGUGUAAAAGAUAGGAGGGUCAGCUAUAGAGAGGCACACAGCAGGGAGCUGCAUGUCACAGACAGCUGCUGUGUGUGUGCGUAACAAAUCCUUAACAAUACUACACUACUCUCUCUCUCUCUUUCUCUCACUCUCUCUCUGUAUUUCUCUUUCUCUGCUUCCUCCAUAUCUCACUUCCUCUUAAUUGAGAGAACAGCAGAAACUAAGGACUAUAUCAUAAGGUCUAAGAUUUCAUUUUUGAUUAGUGUUGCUGAGGUUCCAGGGAAAUACAGUGCUUACAAGGAUGUUGGAAAAUACAUCACCAAUCAUGAGUCUAGAUGAGGACACACGUUGGCUCGAGUGGGUCACCAAGCAGUUUGAGAGCAUUGCGGGAGAAGACAAGGAGAUAGACCUGGAUGAAUUUAAAACAGCUCUGAAAGUGAAGGAGUCAUUCUUUGCAGAACGUUUCUUUGCACUGUUUGACUCUGAUGGCAGUAACUCUAUCAGUCUGGAUGAGCUGCUGAAGGCUCUGAACCUCCUCAUUCAUGGCAGUGAGACGGACAAACUGCACUUCCUCUUCCAGGUCUAUGAUGUAGAUGGUAGUGGUUCUAUAGACCCUGACGAGUUGCGUACGGUACUGAAGUCCUGCCUGAGGGAAAGCGCAAUCUCCUUGCCUGAGGAGAAACUCGACGACCUGACGCUAGCCCUGUUUGAGUCGGCUGAUAAAGACAACAGUGGCUCCAUCACAUUUGAGGAGCUAAAGGCAGAGCUGGAGACCUUCCCUGAGGUCAUGGAGAACCUCACCAUCAGUGCUGCUAACUGGUUAAAGCCUCCUGAACUGGAGCAGAAGAGGCGGCAGACCCCGCGCUACCUGACCCGAGCCUACUGGCACAACAACAGCCGAAAGCUGCUUUUCCUCUGCUUCUACUCAUUCCUCAAUGUGCUCCUCUUCAUCGUAUACAUGCUGCAGCAUGCUCCUGGUGGACUCUGGUUGAUGCUGGCAAAAGGCUGUGGAAUAUGCCUCGACCUCAACUGCACUUUCAUUGUGGUGCUGAUGUUACGGCGCUGUCUCACCUGGCUGAGGGCCACCUGGGUAGUGAGGGUCUUACCUUUAGACCAGAACAUCCUGCUGCACCAGAUAGUGGGUUACACCAUCCUUGUCUUCAGUGUGGCGCACACAAUGGCUCACAUCAUGAACUUUAUUCACCUAACCCAGGUGCACGAAAGUUAUCAGCUGUGGGAAUAUGUCUUCACCACUCGUCCUGGUAUCGGCUGGGUUAAAGGCACCGCCUCCAUCACCGGGAUUGUGCUGCAGGUCCUCAUCUGCCUCAUGGUGGUCUGCUCUAGCACAUUUGUCAGACGCAGUGGCCAUUUUGAGGUGUUCUACUGGUCCCAUCUGUCCUAUAUCUGGGUUUGGGCACUGCUCAUAAUCCACUGUACCAACUUCUGGAAAUGGUUUGUAGCACCUGGUAUAAUUUUCCUUGUGGAGAAGUUAGUUGGCAUUGCUGUGUCUCGCAUGGGUGGCCUGUACAUCGUUGAGGUCAACUUGCUGCCGUCUAAGGUAACUCAUCUGGUGAUCAAGCGGCCACCUUUCUUCCAAUUCAAACCUGGAGACUACGUCUACAUCAACAUACCAGUCAUAGCAAAGUACGAGUGGCACCCCUUCACUAUCAGCAGUGCCCCUGAGCAGCAAGAUACCAUAUGGCUCCAUGUACGCUCAAUGGGCCAGUGGACAAAUCGCCUGUUUGAGUAUUUCAGACAGUCUGAUAGCCUAGCCAUCAGCAACAAGAGGCUCACAGCCAGCCUGAGGAACCGUCACCACCAGACCAAAACCCAAGAAGAGCUGUUCAAGUCCUUGAGCUGUAAUGGAGCUGUAGCAUCUAAUGAGGACCUUGCUAUUGAGCUAACUCUGUAUAGGUUGAAUGGAGCACGCAGCACUUCCCAGAAGCCACAUAUGGAUCCCACAGUGCAAGCAGAACUGGGAGAUGCCCCGUCAGCCACUAGAGAGAUCUCCACUAAACUGAGUGAGAAUCACAGGUAUUGUGACAUCAAGUGUUAUGUAGAUGGACCCUAUGGCACCCCCACCAGGCAAAUCUUUGCCUCAGAGCAUGCAGUGCUGAUAGGUGCUGGAAUUGGCAUCACUCCUUUUGCAUCCAUUUUGCAGAGCAUUAUGUACCGCUACCGAAUGAGGAAGCAAAACUGUCCCAACUGUAACUAUUCUUGGUGCGAGACUAUCAAAGACAAUGAGAUGAAGCUGAGGAAGGUGGACUUCAUCUGGAUAAACCGGGAUCAGAAGUCCUUUGAGUGGUUUGUGAGCCUGCUGACCAAGCUGGAGAUGGACCAGGCUGAUGAGGAGCCCGAGGGUCGAUUUUUGGAGAUGCACAUGUACAUGACUUCAGCUCUCAGCAAGAAUGACAUGAAAGCUAUCGGACUGCAGAUGGCACUGGACUUGCUGGCAAAGAAAGAGAAGAGAGACUCUAUCACUGGCCUCCGCACACGCACACAGCCGGGCAGACCGGACUGGGGCAAGGUGUUCCAGAAGGUGUCUGAGGAGAAGAAAGGCAAAGUCCACGUGUUCUACUGCGGUGCCCCAGCUCUUGCUAAAGUCAUCAAGGCUCAGUGUGAGCAUUUUGGAUUCAAUUUCUACAAGGAAAACUUCUGAGACUUCCUACCUCCUCACAUUUACUCAUCAGCUAUUUCUUACUCUGCCCUGCUAGCAUAAACGGAUGCUUGUUUUCUCUGACCUACCAGAACCAGAUCUUAAUCUAGCUUUAAAAUGUGACAUUCUCCUUUUGUACUUUAUGUUUGUCAGUAUUUCUGUAUGCACUUGGCCUUUGCACUCACACCUCAUUGAUAAUGAAUUGAAAAGUAGGAUUCAUCUAUUUUAAUAAACAAAUGUAGUGUCAGCCAUUUAGAAAUAGUUUACAUAUCACAGCUGAUGUAGGACUGAGCAUCAUUAUUAUUAAGGAUUAAAAGUGCAGUGUGAUAAGGCUGUAUUAAUAGCACAUUUUCCUUUAUAUGCAUUGUCUUUUUUGUGUCAAACAAAUAGGAUGAAUAUAUCCUAGAUACAGAAUAGAGCCUAUGUAUUGUCAUGUAUAUUGUUAUUGUGCAUGUCUUGCAUUAUGUCUUUGUUAUUAGACAUUUACUCAGUUAAACAAUACCUAUGACUGACAGAGGUAAAAGUAUGUCUGUAAUCUGUUGUGUUCCUGUAGCAUUACUUACUAUAUACUGCACACACGCGCACUCACUGGACACUUUAUCAGGUACACCAACCUUGUAUUUACACUAGUCAUUUUGUCAGGUCUGCUUACCAUGUGGGUGAACCGUGUUCAACAAUUAUAGACUCUAGUCCAUCCGUUUCUCUUUAUACUUUGUUAUUGUGUUCAUCAAUGGUCAGGACCUCAACAGGACCACCACAGCCAGGUAUUAUUUGGGUGGUGGAUCUACGAAGUGCAUCUAUAUGGUAAUUGGACCUAAUGAAAGGUACGUGUACUUAAAGUGGCCAGUGAGCAGA